GUUUAAAGUGUAAACCGUGACCUGAACUGCAAGUAACUCCAGAGUCUCAAUUCUCUAAAAACCAGAAGGGCUUAAACGUGGAGCAAAGAGAGAUGAUUACUUGGAAACUAGUUAGGAAGCACCAACUCCUCUGCUCUCCACGAGUUGGAUUUUACUUCUCCACCUGGUUUAAGCCUCAACUUGCUGACCAUGAUCCUAUGCUCACAACCAUCUCAGAAGCCAUCAAGAACACUCCAACAAAGCAUCUUGAUUCCUCCCUCAAGAAGCUAAUCCCUACACUCACAGCUCGCCAUAUUAUCGAUCUGAUCACCCACAACCCACUCUCUCUUGACCCACCUUCUCUUCUCUCUUUCUUCAGAUGGGUUUCUUCGCAACAGGGUUUUCGCCACACCAUCCAAUCUUACUGCACAAUGGCCCAUUUCCUAUGCACUCACCAAAUGCUAUCAGAAGCCGAAUCUCUCCUUCAUUUUGUCAUCUCUCGGAAGGGGAAGGACUCAGCUUCCUCUAUCUUUGCAACAAUUGUUGAAACAUCAGGUACCCAUCAGCCCAAUUUGGUGUUUAAUGCUCUGAUGAAUGCGUAUAUCAAUUCUGGUUUCGUCUCGGAUGCAAUUCAGUGUUUCAGAUUGGUUAGAAAGCAUGGGUUUCGAAUCCCAUUUCAUGCCUGUGGUAAUCUUCUGGAUCACAUGAUGAAGACGAAUUCAUCUGCCGCUGCUUGGGCUUUCUACUCAGAAAUUUUGGGCUGUGGGUUUCCGCCGAAUAUCUACACAUUCAAUAUUUUGAUGCAUAAAUUCUGCAAAGAGGGUAAGUUGAAGGAAGCCCAGUUGAUCUUCCAUGAAAUUAGUAAGAGGGGUUUGGUUCCAAGUGUCGUUAGUUUCAAUACUUUGAUCAAUGGGUACUGCAAGUCGGGGAAUUUGGAGGAAGGAUUUAAGUUGAAGAACAUUAUGUCGGAAGCAAAUAUCCUUCCUGAUGUUUUCACCUACAGUGUUUUGAUUAAUGGGUUAUGUAAAGAGAGUAGAUUAGAAGAUGCAAAUCAACUAUUCAAUGAAAUGUGCCAGAGAGGGUUGGUUCCAAAUGAUGUUACUUUCACUACUUUGAUUGAUGGGCAGUGCAAGAAUGGGAGAAUCAAUGUGGCCAUGGAAAUUUAUCAGCAAAUGUUGAGGAAAGGAGUGAAGCCUGAUAUAAUUACCUACAAUACACUCAUCAAUGGCUUAUGCAAGGUUGGUGAUUUGAGAGAAGCAAGAAGACUUAUGCAAGAGAUGUCAAGUAAGGGUUUGAAACCUGACAAGAUCACAUACACUACUCUCAUUGAUGGGUGUUGCAAGGAGGGAGAUUUAGAGUCGGCUAUGGAUGUAAGAAAGGGUAUGAUUGGCCAAGGUAUUGAGCUUGAUAAUGUAGCUUAUACAGCACUUAUUUCAGGGCUUUGUAGAGAAGGACGAGUUGUUGAUGCAGAGAGGACAUUGAGGGAGAUGUUAGGAGCAGGUUUGGUACCAGAUGAUGCUACUUAUACAAUGGUGAUUGAUGGGUUCUGUAAGAUGGGGGAUGUGAAGAUGGGUUUUAAGUUCCUCAAGGAGAUGCAGAGUAGCAGCCGUGCACCAGGUGUUGUAACCUACAAUGUGCUCAUGAAUGGGCUCUGCAAGCAGGGGCAGAUGAAAAAUGCUAAAAUGCUUUUGGAUGCAAUGCUUAAUCUAGGGGUGACUCCAGAUGAUAUCACUUACAAUAUUCUGUUGGAAGGACAUUGCAAACAUGGAGACCCAGAAGAUUUUGAUAAACUACGUAGUGAAAAGGGUUUGGUCUCUGAUUUUGCAGCUUACAGUUCACUAAUUAGUGAUAUAAGUAAAGAUGUGAAGAACCGCCAAAAAAGAUGAUUUGAGUUCCCUUUUUUUUAACAUUCAUGCUUUAGUGGGUAGCAUGGGCUGUGAGUGAUACUGAUGUCGCGGAUUAAGGUUGUGUUUGAUAUGCAUUCUAAAUCGAAAACAUGUUCUGAAAUGUCAAAAACAUUGUUUUACGUUCCCGUUCUCAGAUUCUGGAAUGCAUCGAAGAACGAAGCCCAUUCUAGGAUGCAUAUUUUUACCCAUUGUGCACUCAUGUUCUGGUGCAAGUGGUGAACAGCCUACGCGACUAUGAAGAGAUUGUCAUGAUCAUGAAUAACCAAAAUGACUGCGAGGAAAGCCUUCACCUUUGGUGGCUUACACUUCCCCACGCAGACACCGUGUGGAUUGGCCUUCUAGGUGUUCCUUAUCUUUUCUUCUUCGCUGGAGAAGCAAUGAAGGCUUAGCCUCCAAGAAAGUAAGCAAGCUACCAAGAAUUCUGAUAUCAAGUGUGAGUGAAGAAAGCAGGGCAGUGGCUACAGUUUGAGAAACUGAAGAACAAAAGUCUGAAGUUCUCAGGAACACAAACAUGCGGAUACCAACCUGAAAGGUUUUCCCUAAACAGAAUCAGGAGAAACAGAAACAACUGUUGGGGCUUGUCAAUCGAAGAUCAUUGAGUGUGAGAAAGAGAUCAAGUAAGCUCAUCCUGAGGAAUGAUUCCCAAUUUCCCUCUUCUUUACCUCUUAAAAGUAUCUUAAUUCUAAGAUAUAAGUUGGACCAAAAAUUGGUUCUCUUUUUUCUUUAUUUUCCCUUUUACUGAAAAAAGAAGAAAGAGGGGGACGGGCCUCUGUCUGUGUAAUUGUUUGUUUUCCAUGUGUUUGAACAAUGCUGUCUUAUUUUUUAGUACUGCUGCUACCAUCUUCUCCUUGGUCUGCUU